AGUAAUGGUCUCUUCCUACAAGUGCUGGUGCAGGGCAUUACUUUAAAUCCAAUCACUUAUGGCUAUGUCUCCGGUGCGUCUAUCGCUCCAAAAUCUCUGUUUAAUCAUGCUGCUUAUCUUCUUCAGUGCUGACUGCCACAAACUCCACCAAGGUCAACUUUGCAAAUCUACUUGCCCUGAUGUGCAGAAAGGCCAAAGGCACACCUAUAGAUACAGUACAACGAUAACCAGUGCCUGGAAAGGUCCUUCACCAGGAAGCAGUCAGUUAGCGUUGGACUGUGUUGUUGACAUCGAUGUCCUACCAGGAUGUCCAGAAAUGAUAUUAAAGCUGAGGAACAUACAAAUAAAGCAUAGCUCAUCGAAACGAGACAAUUCGGUGCUACGCUUGAAAAACACAAGAGAGUCAUUGGAGAAGAACCCCCUGCGGUUCUCGCUGGAGGGGGGAAAGGUCACGAAGCUCUGCCCACAGGAGGCUGAGCAGGUGUGGACCCUCAACAUCAAGAGAUCCAUCCUGAGCAUGUUCCAGACCUCUCGCUCGGGACGAGUCAUGGAGACGCUAAGAGAGACUGAUGUGUAUGGGACAUGUAUGAGUUAUUAUGAACAGAGAGGACCAUCUCUGAUGAAGACCCGAAACCUCCAGCAGUGCCUCAGUGAGAGAAUCAAUCAGUUUUGGAAGAACUCUGUCCCCCUGAAGGAGGGCAUGACAGUGAGUGCAGGGCUCACGUGCAUUCAGCUCUAUGAUGAGACAAUGCUGAAGAAGGUCAACUGUACAGAAACUGUGUCACUGAUUCCCCUGCCAGGCCUGUUAGAAGCCACAGAAACUAAAACCGUUUCAACCUUAACUCUACUCAGAACCCUUGAAGCAACUCCAAUGGACUUGGGACAGAUCACCGGCCACUUGAGCAGUAUUGUGUUUGAGGCUGAAGGCCAAACCUCAGGCAGACAUGGUGGACCAUCAGUUCAAGAGGUUUCCAACACCGUGAGGACGUUGUGUGCUUACCUUGCAGAUCAACAACAGCAAUCAGAGCUUCUGCUCAAUCUGGUGCUUCAGCUGCGAUCAAUGUCAUCCCAUCAGUUGAGAGACUUAUGGCAUGAGGCCUCCUUCAAAUGCCGAGACGACUGGCAGCCACUUGUAGAUAUGCUGUCAGCCUGUGGAACUGAGGACUGCAUCAUUGUCACAACAGACCUCAUUCUGAACAAAGAAGUUGACCUAGAACAUGUCCUACCCCUCCUCAAUACUAUCAGUUUUACGUCCCACCCUACUUCAUCCAUGAUUAGCCACCUCAGUGCUCUUCUGGAUAUACCUCUUAUCCGUCCAAAAGCACUUCUGGUUGUGUCUUCACUGGUCCACGGCCUUUGUCAACAGGAACAGGGUCGAUGCAAAGAGAUUUCUGAAGUCCAGCAGUUCGUCCAUGUUCUGAAGCAGAGUCUUGAGGCAGGAUGUGAAGUGGAUGACCCUUUUCAGAUCACAGAGCUUCUGCAUGUGUUGAAAGCAGUGGAGACUGCUGGUGCGGCUGGAUCAGACCUCAUCUCCACACUAAGUCGCUGUGUGCAGAAUCAUUCUGUGCCUUUGGAGCUGCGUCUGGCCGCUAUACGAGCAUUCAGGAGAAUCCCAUGCCACCAUGACCGGAGAGCCCUUGCUCAGGCAUUUCAAAGACAGGAAGAGAAUGUGGAGGUCAGAAUUGCAGCAUAUCAGCAGCUCAUGCACUGUCCAAACCAGGAGAUUUUCACAAUUGUGAAGAAAACGUUAAGCAAUGAGCAGUCCAGUCAAGUUGGGUCAUUUGUUUGGAGUCACCUUUUUAAUAUCCAGAAAACAGAAGACCCCCUGAAGAAAGACCUGAUGGAAUCACUGCCAGAUGAUAUUAUAAGUAAAGACUUCGAAGCUGAACCAUGGAAAUAUUCUUCGCAUAUGGACUACACAGUGGAUACAGGAGUGGCCGCUGCAAACAUCGAGGGAACUGUGGUUUUCUCCCCUGAAUCUUUUCUUCCACGUUAUGCUAUGGCGAAUCUGACUGUUCACAUCCUGGGAAGAGCGUUCAAUCUUCUGGAGAUUAGCCUAAGAAUGGAAAACCUAGAGCCUAUUCUGAAAACAAUCUUUGAGGAGAACCCUCUUGCAUCUGCUGAUCAUGCCAGACCUAAGGCUCAAACAGACUCCACGAGGCAUGGACAGAAUGAUAGAAACAGUGACAGUGAUGGCUGUCAAUCCACAGCAUUAAAUUCCAUCAAGACUAAGUUCACAGAGCAGAGGAAACGAGACAAUACUUUCCGAUGUUGGAUAAAUGUGAAGAUGUUCGGCAAUGACCUCACCUUUAUGACCUGUGAUGACCUCCAAGCAUAUCAGAGAAAGCUGUCACUUAGUACAGCUGGCGUUGUUGUCAAGUUGUUAAAGGGUCAAGAGGUUAAAAUCAGUCAAAGGCCAAUUGUGCUGUCAGAGGAACUGGUUUUACCAUCUCUCUCUGGAUUACCCAUGAGGCUAAGCAUCAACAUGUCCACUCUGUUGUCCCUCAGACUUAAAGGCACCGCUAACUAUAAGAAUUGGUCACAUUUUUCUCUGGCUGGCUAUGUCAAACCAAAUGCACUGGUCGCCAUCUCUGUGAGAGCAGGAGUGGAUGGAGCGUUUGGUCGUGUGGGAUUAGAGUGGGUCACUCAACUCAAAACCUUCACCAGCUUGGAUGGAGCUGUAUAUCUGCACCAUGGGCAGAGCCUGAAAGUGGUUCUCAAUACUCCAGAAGAUGUCAUGGAUAUAUUGACCUUCAGCUCCAGAAUGUUUCGUGUGAGUGGGGACAGUAAAGUGGAGCUCAUGGCUACAAGAAAUCUCAAGGAGAAGAACACUUGCACUCCUAAAACAUGGUCUAAGAUGGUUGGAUGGCAGUUAUGCUCUGAUAUCACUUAUCCUUUGACAUUGAUGGGAAAAGGCUUCCCACCACUGGGCCCAGUUCUUUUUACUCUCAGACUCCAAAAACUGGACAAAGGUCUCAACCAGUACCUCUUGGAGGCGGCCUAUACUUUUGUACCCCAGCGGAAUUCCUGGAUGCCGCUGGAAGCCACUCUGCUUCUCUUUCUUGGCACGCCACAAUCCACUAUCCCAAGAGAUGUGUCCCUGGAUGUCAAUCUCAGUCCGAAAAGGCUGAUCUUGAAAAUAAUACAUCCCCUGAAAAACAUUCUCAUUCAAGCGCAGCUUGAAGAAUUAAACAACCAACAUUUAGGCAGAAUCGAAUUACUGAUUGACAACAUCCACCAUUAUUUUUUAAAGGGACUACUGGAGAUGGUGAAUCUUGCUUCAGAGACGAGAGCCCACUUUCAUCUUGAUGCCAAAGUAGCAGCAAAUGGACAUCCAUUCUCCCUCUCGGUCAACACCACACAUGCUCGCAACAGGAAGUUCAUAAUACAGGCCUUGCUUAAAAAUGUCUUCAAUAAGGACGCAUCACUCUCAGUGCAGCUGGAGAGAAGUCUGGAAGAUAGCCAGAGACAUUAUUCUAUAGAUGCCGGGUUUAUUUUGCCUAGCGCUGUCAGCAUCAGAGUUUUUGGGUUAGUAAAGCAAAGGGGCCCAGAGUGGAGCUCUGCUGUCAGGAUUAGGUAUGGCGUACAAGAGGAUUCACAGACCAUGCAAGAGUGUCACAUGAACCAGAACCUUCACAGCGAGUCGAACCCAGAACAGACGUACCGUAUGACAGCAACACAUGAACUCCACUGUUCCCACCUCAUCAACCUAAACCACAAGAUUCACCUUAGACAUGAAUGGAGCCCAAGCCAUGUUCAGUCAUCUCUUGAUGUAAGCUAUGGAAAGCAGUGGAACCAGAGCAGCAACAAAUACAGGAUUCUCUUCAAUCAAUCGCUCAGAAACAAGUCUGGACCCGGCCUCACCAGUUAUGCCGUAGAGCUCAGCCUGCGACUCCUAGACAGAGGACUGAAUUACAGAACUCAGCUUCUGCACUCUUAUUUCAAGAAAGAAAAAUCUGAGAGCAGCACCCACCUGAAAAUCAAUUACAACAAUCAAAUUCCUUUGGUAGCCGGUGUCCACUGGAAAGAUGUGUCAAAGACCUCCCUUCAAAAGUGGGAAGGUUCAUUCAACAUGGAUACACCCUGGGUCUAUGUCUACAUUGCUCAAAAACUAACUCAGCCCCAGCGUGGCAUCACUCAGUUUAGCUCUGAGGUCACCAUGCGGAAACUAGUGAACAUCCGAAGUGUUACACUUGAGGGUUUCUUCAAGGAUAGAGGUAAAGAACGGCAAGGCCAGCUACACCUUUUCACACCGACGGUCAGUUAUAUCAAGGUUGGUGGGUGGAGCAUGCUGGGUAAGCGUGGAGUUAAUGCUUCAUACUCCAUCAGCACAGCCUGGACACCAGCCUUGCAUGGGGAAAUCUCUGUUGGCAAUGGUAAGCAAGUGAAGACUCUGGAGAUAAGUGCAGGCUAUGGCAAGCAGGACCUCAAUAUUUCCGCAGUUCUCAGUACUCUGGAUAAGAAGCUAAAGAAGAGGCUUCUGAUGACGACAAUGACCCUGUCGUAUCUCAAAAACCCUUAUGCAGAGCUACAGAUGGAGGGUGCCAUAGAGGAGAUACGGAAGGACAGGAGGGUUUAUCAGAAAAGAUGGAAGCUAAAUUUCAGCAGACAACCAUUCAAAUUUCUCCCUCAGAGUCUCAUCCUCCAGGAGACAUUCACAAGUGAUCUACAUCAGAAGGUUUACACUUUGGAGUCAAAGGUUCUUGUACAUGGAAACAAAAAGGCCAUUCACAUCCUGACUCUAGGAUUUCAACCACAUCAGCCAUAUGUGUGCUCCUCAAUAGUCCAGUCUUUCAGCACUGAGAGAAUUCCUCAAGACUCAAAGAUCUGCGUCACAGUCCAAAACAAACAGAAUGUGCAUAACAUUCAGGGCACGUUGAUGGCUGGAAAAGAGGAAGUAUUUGCAGCCUUUGGUCAAGUACAACUUCAUGACCUAAAAACAUUUCAGCAAGGUAUUACAAUGAAAGCUAACCUGUCCCAGCUGUUUCAGCUGGAUUUCCCGAACUCUGUCAGCCUAGAUAUUGAAGUGCUCAGUGGUCCCAAGAACACCAGCGAGUUUGAGUAUCACUCUGAAGGGAAAAUAGCCAUUGACGACAAAAAUUAUCAUGCACAUGCAGAAAUAAUAGUAUCACCUUUUGGAAACAUUGGCAGUUCUAUCAGCCUGAAGGCAGAUGGAAAAAAUGCAACACUUCACUUUACUCAAGAAAACAAGAUGACAAAUGGCAGUAGCGAUGUGGGCAUCAAUGCUGGCUUUCAUCAGACCUUAUUCCCAGAUCUCCCUUCUGAUGGCCGCAUUCAUUUAGCUGCUAUUUCUUCUUCAGAAAGUUUUGUCUUGCAUUGUACAGUAAAAAAGGAAGAGGAGAUGUUUAGAGCUCAUUUGAGUGGAAUUCUACCACAUGAUCAGUUGCGAAUGUCUCUUUCCGGGGACCUUGUCAAUUCAAUGCGAGAUCUCACUGCUUUACCUAAUUCAGUUAGUUUGGUUGGAGUACUAACUCAGUCAAAGGGUCUAAUUGAAGGAGAGCUGACGGUUGUAGUGGAUGAUUCUGUAUAUGGACUGGAAGUGACUCGUCAGCAUGAGAGGAACUCUGGAGAAGAACUUAGUGCCUUACUCUGUGUUGUUGCUAUGGAAGAGUCACUGUGUGUGAACAUCAGCAGCAAUAUGACACAGCAUGGGUGCAGAAGUCUUCAUACCCAUCUCUCUCACACUUUCCCUUGGCUACGUUCGGCAGGGCUUCCAAUUAACAGUAGUGCAAGUGUGAAUGUGAACUGGAAUGAAAGCAGAGUCGGUGCCCAAAUGGAGCUCCAUGCAGGGGCCAGCGGCCUGAGAGCCACACUGGAGCAGAGUUCACACCACAAAACCCAAACGACCGGACUCUCUCAGGUGAAAUGCACAGAGGGGAUGGACACGGGCCACCUGCUGGGCGUCAGCUCUGGGCAGGAUGAGGAAGACUCAUUGAAGGUUGGAUUCAGAGCCAGUUUUUCUAACUCUCAGAGUUCAGCUUUCUCAUUUGAUCUUCAAGGUCACCACAAUACCCACAGCAUUGGGCUAAUGGUGAACAUUUCCCACAACAUAUCAGCUUUACAUCCAUACCUGCCAUUUGAGUUUCACUCCAAAUCACAGUUGAACCACUCGCGUUCCUCCGUGAAGGGCACUGCAGAACUUCUGGUUGGCAUGAGCGGAUUGACUUUUGAAGCUGAGAUCUUGAGUACAAACUCUGGUUUUAAGCAAGUGCUGGUGUUCAAUCACUCUGUACCUCAGCUACACUCAUUGCCCAGGAAUCUGACAGUGAGGACACACUAUGGUGGAAAGAGAGGGUCACAUACUCUCACGCACCGAGCGCAGUGGGAGAAUCAGGAUUUAACACAGUCCGACUCCUCAGGUGGUGAAGCACAACAGCAAAGUUUUCCAGAACUGACAGGAAAGGCUCAGGGUUGGGGGUUGGAUCUUAGGGUAGAGAAUGACACUCAGAGAAAACUUGGUGAUCUGAGUGUUGACUGUACUCUCUUUGGAAGCCAUGAUCAGUAUCUUGCGUGUGUUCAGGUCAGAAUUCAAGGCUCUUGGAAUUUGGUGAGCAGACAAAUGGAUUCAUUUGAGCAGAAACAACCCUUUAUCUCAACACUGACUCAGUUUCACAUACAUGCCCUAUCACAUGGACCCAGGUGUGACAGAAACAAUCAGGCACUUUCAAGGGACCAAGGAAAGCCUAUAAAUAUUUCUGUAACAGUGAGUGAGCACUGGCACGAUGACUCCUGCAGAGGGCAAGCCUGUGUCUUUCUCUCACCAGGCCAGAUGCAGUCGGUGCUUCCCCUGGUGGAGAUGGAGGGAUGUGUUGCUGUAGCUCAGGAGGGGAAGGCUUACUCUCAAAACACUGAGCUGAAAUGGAAGGACAAGAGGAUAACACAAAGCAUGAAAUAUCAGGCAGGAGUAAAGGGAAUGCACACGCUCCUCGUGGAGCUGAGGGCCCGGAACAUAUCUCCGUCUCCCUGUCCGUCUCACUCUCUUCUGACCCAGAUACACACCAACCUGAGGGACCGUCUUGAACACCAUGUUCAGUUCGGCCUCUGUCCUCCACAGCCUGCUUUAAUUUGGUCUGGAUCUCACAGAGUGAACUCAGGCAAGGAGAUUUUGCACACUCACACCCGUGUGUCUGUGUCUGGACACACUCAGCACAACACCUUCACACUGUCGCUCAGAAACAUCAGCAGCAGUCAGCGCUCCAACUACUCUUUGCUCACAGAGUGGCAGGUAGGAAACUGGAGUGCGGAGCUGGCCUGCAGUUCCCUGUCUUCAGGCAGGAAUGUGGGGAUCCAGGUUCAUGCUAAACUAGACCGCAGUGAGAUGCUCUGGCUGCAGGGGGCGCUGGGAAAACGCUGCUUACGAGCUGCUGCUGGAUACAACGCUGAAACAUCUGAUGAUAUCCGAGUGGCGUUCUGUUUGGAGGGGCAUCGCUGGUUCACCCUGGAGGCUCAGAGAGGUGGUCAUGGCAUUGAGAAUGAAACCCUUGCCCUUAUUUCUGUGGGAGCAGCCAAUCAGAGUCUGCUAUUUCGAGCUAAGGGAUGCAGGGAGUGCCUGUGGGCCUCAGAGGCACGGCUCCAGCAGCUGGGGUACCGGAUAAGGAGUAAACUUUUGGACAGACUUCAGAGACUUCAGCAUCUUCUGUUAACAUUCAGAAGACAGGCAGGCGACAGCAUGUUCCUGCUGGAGUUGAGUGACGGCCCGCUGUCUCUGUCCCAGCGAGCCGAGACCCUGUUGCUGCAGAGAGCGGGAGCGCCGUGGAAAGCAUGGACGACCGGCCCGCUCCGACACUCGCUCACACACAGCCUACCGCACGUGCUCCAAAUCCUGCAUCUCAUGUCUCAACAAGUCCAACAAGAGCUCAGGAGGCCCCUGGCCACUCUAGCUGGAGCGUACCACGACGUGACAGGGGUGCGUUUGGACACCGCGUGGCAGCGAGGAGUGCAGCUGUGGACCGGAGAGCUGACUGAGCUUUUGCCUGCGAUGCUGCACGAUCCUCACUUGAGGGCGCCGUCUCUGACUGCUUUGCACGUUGCCAUCUUCGCAGCGGACAUGGUGAGCCAACAGGCCUUUCAGUGGAUGGAGUCCCGAUUGGCUGCCAUGCUCGGGGGUGUCAGAAGACAGCUAGCACUAAUGUUCAAGUUCUCCAAAAGUGAGGGCGAGCUGAUCUUUAGGCUGCCACUACCUGUGGGCCCGUGGCUGAAGGUGAAGGAAGCAGGUGUGACUGAAGUUCUGCUGGAGGAGUUUGUCCUGAAGCCUCUACUAGCCUUGAACUCUCUGAGUCCUACAGCAGAGCUCUACCGGCUGAAGAGGAAGAUAAUGGACAGUCCCGUCAACUGUGAGUUAUUAUGA